CGAGCCGGGCGCCAGCUCGGCUAACGGCGGGCGUGGGAGCCGCGCGCGGGGGACGCGGCUGACGGGCUGAGCUGAGGCUCUGGCCUUCCCCCACCCAUUGGCUGAAAGCCUCAGUGGUUAUUCAUGAGGACGCACCCACCAUGUUUUAUGGGACUCAGUUCAUCAUGUCUCCUCCCACCAAGAGUAAGCUGAAGCGACAGAGCCAACUACUGUCCACUAUGCUGUCCCGGACACUCAGCUACAAGUAUCGUGACCUGGACCCCACCUUCAGCAGCCUGGGCGCCAGUGAUGAUCCUGCGGAACUUUCCACUCAGCUCUCAGCCCCAGGUGUCUUGAAGGUGUUUGGAGACAGUGUCUGUACAGGCACCCACUACAAGAGUGUUCUGGCCACUGGCACCUCCAGUGCCCAGGAGCUGGUGAAAGAGGCCCUGGAGCGAUAUGCCCUGGACCCCGAGUGUGCUGGCCAGUAUGUACUAUGUGACGUUGUGGGCCAGGCUGGAGAUUCUGGACAGAGGUGGCAGGCCCAGUGCUUCCGGGUGUUUGGAGACAAUGAGAAGCCCCUCUUGAUCCAGGAGUUAUGGAAGCCCCGAGAAGGUUUGUCCCGGAGGUUUGAGCUGAGGAAGAGGUCAGAUGUUGAAGAGCUGGCAGCCAGGGAUGUGGAUACCACCACAGCAGGGAUAAACGCCCAAGCCCGGAGGCUACAGCGUAUCCGCGCCAAGGGAACGCCAGCCCUCACCUCUGAGGCUACCCAACACUCCCCACCGACCCAACUACGCCGUACAGUCAGCGAAACCAGCCUAAGUCCAGGACCCACACUAGCUGACGCGACCCAGGAUCCGGAGGAGCCCACCCCUGAUAGCAUGCGGUACUCACUGUACCAAUGCCCGCACCUGCUGCUGUUACAGGGCUACAGUCAGCAGCAUGAUAGCCUGGUGUAUGUGCUCAGCCGGGAGCGGCACACAGUGGGCCAGCGCACACCCUCCAGCAAACCCAGCAUCAGCCUGUCUGCCCCAGACAUCCUGCCCCUGCACUGCACAAUUCGCCGCCACCAGUCCACAGAAGGUGGACAGGCAGGGGCCAGGCUGGUGCUGGAGCCCAUUGCAGGGGCGUCGGUUUCAGUCAACUUCUCCGAAGUGGGAAGGAAUCCCGUGGUGCUACAACACGGCGACCUGCUCUCCCUGGGUCUCUACUACCUGCUGCUGUUCAAGGACCCUGGGCAGGCACAGCCGCUGCCUGCUUGUGCCAUUGCCCGCCUUGGGGCCGCACCACAGAGCUGUAGGAUGUGUGGCGCGGUACUCAGAUCCCGUGGGGUCCCUUCCUUGCCUCCUGCUGUGGUCCGGCGGCGGUCACUGCUCCUGGAGUUUGAGCCUGACAUGGAGGACACACUGCUGCAGAGGAUCAUGACGCUGACUGAGCCUGGUGGUGAUGACUGUAAGCUGACACCUGCCUUCCUCCUCUGCCUCUGCAUCCAGCACUCUGCCACUCGUUUCCAGCCCGGUACCUUCAGGCAUCUCCUGCUCAAGAUCUCCAAGAUGGUCCGAGACACCGUCUGGGAGAAAACCAAAGAGCUAGCGGAAAAGCAGGCGCAACUCCAGGAACCCAUCUCCUGGGCCAGCUUCCCCAUGGCCGACCUGGUUCCCGACCUUCAGCACAUCCUGUUUUGGAUGUCAAACUCCAUCGAACUCCUGUACUUCAUCCAGCAGAAAUGCCCGCUGUACAUGCAGAACAUGGAGGAGGAGCUGGAUGUCACAGGCUCCAAGGAAUCACUGUUCUCCUGCACACUGACGGCCAGCGAGGAGGCCAUGGCGGCCCUGGAGGAGGUGGUGCUCUAUGCUUUCCAGCAGUGUGUGUAUUACCUCUCCAAGUGUCUGUAUGUCUGCCUCCCGGCCCUCUUGGAAUGCCCUCCAUUUCAGACAGAGCGCAGGGGGAGCUGGCGCUCAGGCCCUGCUCUGCCUGAGGAGCUCCGGCGCGUUGUGUCCGUGUUCCAGGCCACCUCGGACCUCCUGCAGCAGCAGCAGAUGCACCCUGAGGUGGCCUCCCAGAUGCUAGCUUACCUCUUCUUCUUCUCUGGCACGCUGCUCCUCAAUCAGGUGCUGGACAAGGGGCCCUCUCUGAGUUGCUUCCAUUGGCCCAGGGGUGUCCAAGCCUGUGCUCGCCUGCAGCAGUUCCUGGAGUGGGCCAGAAGUGCUGGCCUCGGAGUGCCCGCUGAGCGUUUCUUUCGGAAGCUCUCCUGCACCCUGCAUUUGCUGGCCACUCCCAGUGCUCAGCUGGUACAGAUGAGCUGGGCCACCCUGCGGGCCACAUUCCCUGCCCUGAGCCCUGCUCAGCUGCACCGGCUACUGACUCAGUACCAGCUGGCCUCUGCCAUAGGCCCUAUGAGCGCCUGGGAGCCGGGAGCCCAAGACAGCCCCGAAGCCUUCCAGUCAGAGGACAUCUUGGAGUCCUAUGAAAACCCGCCACCCAUUGUUCUGCCAAGCCAGGGCUUCCAGGUGGACCUGGAGGCCGACUGCCUGGAGGACAGCACCUACCAGCACCUGCUCUACAUCCGCCACUUCCUGUGGGGACUGCGGGGCGGCCAAGGCAGCCCUGACGGUGGGCCUGCCCAGCCCGAGGGCAUCGAGGUAGAGUGGGGCAGAGAUGUUGGCGAGGAGGGACUGGGUCACUCAGAGCACCCUGAGACUUGCAGCUGUCAGCAGAAGCAGGGCCUGUACCACACCAUUCCUGAGGGGCAUCCAGAAGGCCCUGGCUGCCCCCUGGCUAACAGGGACUCAGGCAGAGGUGCUGUCGAAACUGCCCCUGCCCAUUCUCUUCCUGUCACUGGAGCUCCCUGGGCACAGGGCCCCCCUGGAAGACAGACUACCCGAGGGGACCGCAGAGGCUCCCAGGCUGGCUCUCUGCACACUGACUCCUCCUGCCUGCUCACUCCUCCCAGCACACCACUGGGCCUGGAGCCUGGAGGCCCCACCUGGCCAGAGACCAGUGGCCACCGUGGAAAAGUACUCCUCGAGGGGCAGAGGAAUGGACCAGGUGGCCCUCCUGGUGUGGUUCUAGAAGGAGACACUGUUGAGGCUGCUGCUGAAGCUCCUGCUGAGGCCUCCAGCCCCAGCUCCAGCGCCGAGGACUUCUGCUAUGUGUUCAUGGUGGAGCUGGAGCGAGGCCCCUCGGGGCUGGGGAUGGGCCUGAUUGAUGGGAUGCACACACCUCUGGGGGCCCCGGGACUCUACAUACAGACCCUGCUUCCUGGGAGCCCUGCAGCAUCUGACGGGCGGUUGUCACUGGGAGACCGAAUCCUGGAAGUGAACGGCAGCAGCCUGAUGGGUGUGAGCUACAUGAGGGCGGUAGAUCUGAUUCGACAUGGAGGCAAGAAGAUGCGAUUUCUGGUGGCCAAGUCUGAUGUGGAAACAGCCAAGAAAAUCCGCUUUCGCAAGCCCCCUUCCUGAUAGACCAAAGAACCUUUGCCCCUGCACCUGCUUCCCAUAUCCUCACCAGGUGCCAUCGACACUCACCCACUGCCCACCCCUAAGCCCCACACUCCCCAGUCCAGCCAGUCCUGGGUUUUAAAGUUGACUGAGUUCCUAUGUUGUGGCCUCACGUUGAGGACACGUGUUGAUAGUGUUGUACAUCUUAGUGUAUAUUUAUUUAUAUGACAGAUGACACUAAGUUGUGACAUUUCCUACAGAGCUUUUAUGUUUAAAGACUUUAAUGGAGAAUUGAGAUUCAAUAAACUAUGUUUCGUAUUCUUA